AUGAUAUCAGAUUUUGAAAAAGAAAAAGUAUUUUGGACCAGAAAAAUGAACUUGAAUUUAGUGAAAUUCAUAAAAAGCAAGCCAAAUAUUUGGCAUCCAAAGCAUCCCAAAUAUACUUCUAGUGAAACUAAAGAUAACACAUAUGCUGAAUUUGCAGCAAAAUAUGGAGAUGCAUUUUCUGGCCAAGCUGUUAAAGAGAGAUGGACAAAUAUUAGAUCAACAUUUGCAAAUUAUUUAAGAAAAGUAAAAUCUAGUUCAGCUGAAAAUGAGGUUUAUAAAGUUAACUGGCACUUGUGGGAACCAUGUCAGUUUUUACUUAAAGUAACAAAAAACUCACACCAUGGGACACUCAAUGUAAAUGAGGAAAUAUCUACAGAGAAUCUAUCAGAUAUAGAAGAACCUGUGAUAGACAGCAAAAGCGAAGAUAACUCUUCAGAAAGCAAUACAGAUUUGAGAAUAUCAUGUAGAAAUUUUGCGGAAAACUUGUUAUCCGUAUUUAAAGGAGUUCAAAAUGAUGCUUUUGGCCUUAAUAAUUCAAAAAAUAGUAAAAUUGGAAAAGCUGUUACAGGAAAACUAAGUCAGUUGGACUCUUUAGAAGCUACAAAAAUCUCGAUGAAAAUUAUUGAUGUACUUUGGCUUUAUGAUCAAAAUAACCCAUUGAAUCCCAAUAAUCUUAAGCCAGAAAUGUUUUAA